AAUGGCAAACACGGAAUAACGCCACCACAUAUUCCUUGGCACUGGAGAGCCAGCGAUUCCCCCGUCCUCCUUGCUACUGCUCCCCUCCGCUGUUUGGUCAGCAGCAAUCAUCGGGGCAAGCAAAGAAAUCCCCGAUACCCGUUCCUAUCGAGGGCGCCGAGAGGGGAAGCGAUGUCCAUGCCGGAGGCGGGAUCAGCGGCGGAGAGGGAUGAGCGCGGGAGGGACGAGUACGAGCAGCAGCAGGCUCGGGUGCUCGUGGCGCUGAUGCAGGGCUUCUGCGCCGCGCGGUACCGCAAGGCCGACAACACGCCUUGCUCCAUCGAGCAGGGUCUCUAUUUGGGAUCUGUUGGCGCUGCGCUGAACAAGGGGUCUCUGAAGAGUUUGAACAUCACCCAUAUCUUGAUUGUUGCAAGAUCAUUGAAUCCAUCCUUUCCAGCUGAAUUUAACUACAAAAAGAUCGAGGUACUUGACAGCCCAGACACUGAUUUGUUAAAGCACUUUGAUGAAUGCUUUAGUUUUAUAGAUGAAGCCAUAAGCACUGGAGGCAAUGUGUUGGUCCAUUGCUUUGCUGGGCGGUCGAGGAGUGUCACAAUUGUUGUUGCAUAUCUCAUGAAGAAGCAUCAAAUGAGCCUCGAAAGUGCCUUGUCACUAGUUAGAAGCAAACGACCUCAAGUAGCUCCUAAUGAAGGCUUUAUUUCUCAGCUGGAGAACUUUGAGAGAUCCCUGCAAGUGGAGCAGGAACGGAGAAUGCAAUCUGUGCAGAACUAAUUAUAGGUGUAAAGGCAUGUAUGUCGAUAAUGUGCUGUCAAGAGCCUCCUGACUGCAUGUUAUAUCCUCUAGAAAUCAAGCAAGGCCAUGGCAAAACCGGUACGAAUUCCCUUUGUACGCUGUUUCCUGCUUUGUGCUGUAAGCAGCAGCUCCACUGGAAUGCAGAUUACAUGUACCGCGAUAUGAUUUUGAUGCUUUGAAUCCCUUGAGCAGCAGUGUGCUUAAAUGGUAGAUGUAUGUAUGACUCAUCCAAUAAAACUCAGACAUUUUUUUUUAAGACAAUGCGUAAUACUGAAUGGUGGAUGAGGUUUCAGUGUC